AAUUAGAGAUAUAAGAAAACCGAUCGUUUGGAGAUAUGAAAAAUUGCUAUCAAUGUUUUUUUUUGUGAGAACUAUUGCGAUAAAUGUUGGGGUACAUAGAAAGCAUUAUAGGUAAAAAGAACGGGUGUGAUAUCGUAUCUAGCCGCCUCCGAAGCUUCUCCGCCGCGUCGGUGCUUGAGUCACACACUGGCGUGAAGUCUUUGUCUCCCUCCAUGGCGUUAACUGUAGCUGGCUCAACUUCUCCUCCUCUCCCGCCCUCUGAACCUCCAGAUCCAGACAUCGGCGUAGCCUUUCCGGUGGACCCUCCUGACCUUCCAGUCCCUCCUGACCCCCCACCGUCUCUCAUCCUCCAUGACCCCAUGUUUCACCCCUGUCCCACAUGUGCUUUACGGUUACUUCGAGCAUCACUAUCUCCAGAUCUGAGCAUGACGUUCACAAAACUUGACAAAUCUCUGGAUAUGAAACCGCUGAAGCUGAUUCUAACUCAUCUGGCCCUAGUCUCUUCAAUCCAUCGUUAUGAGCUCAUGAGAUCUAGAAGCGGGCCUUCCAUCGGUUGAAAACCGGAUCUACAAAGAACAACUUCCUAGUACUCAAAAAUCUCAGAUUUAAAUGGGAAGUCUCCUCAGCCACCGAUAUGUCCUUCUCAGAAGAUGCCGCUGGAGCCCUUUAAAAAGCUGCAAGUCACAGUUAUGCAGGCUCCUCCUCAUCACCAAGCUGUUCCGGCGAGGAACACCCAGAAUGAACGUUUGCCAAACCCAGCCUUAAGGGCUUUGAUUCUCCAUGUACAAGAUGUGUAUGUUGAUGCGAGGGUCUUGGUGGAAAAAAGAAUCGUCUCCAAGCUUGCCUCUCUCCAAUACGCAACAAACUGAAGUCUCGAGGACUGGCUUUUGAUUGUUAAAAUAUUGGUGGUGAUUGGCUCUGUGGAUGGUAUCCAUUUCUCACCUUUGUGCUUUCACUGUUCUUAUCGACCGGAUCUGGUACCAUGUGUCUGUGCUCUUAGUUUUCGACCAGAUUGGGAUUCACAAAGCUCGACCAUCAUCUCCAUGCCGUUAACAUCUUGCGUUGGUGGCUGUCUCUGCUAUUCCGGGGAAGAACCCGUUCUUCCUGUCUCAGUCGUUGGAUUUAUUCUAAAAAUGUCUAGUCAAGUUCAUCAUCAGAGGUCAACCCCGACAAGAGUAAUUAUCAAGCCAAUAUCAACAUCGUCCAUCAAUCAACCACCGAAGGCCAACAAAAUCACAAGCUCAAGCGCUACAUUGUUUCACAAUCCGAAAAGACAAAAUCUUACUCCUACUAGCCCAGUAACUUUAACCAUUAUGGUUAAGUUUACUCAAACUUCCUCUCGUCAGGGCUGAGAGAGAUCGUCAUCCACUUCCUCCUUUCAGGAGAUAAUCAUUUCACCACAGUCCCUCUUUGUAAGAGGUAAUUCUCACCAGGUAUCCAAAACGUGGACCAUCGAUGAUGCUGGAACAUCCACAUCUCACUCAACGACAGCUUCUUUUGUGGCGUCGCUCCUAAUUGCGGAAACUUUGAUAAU